AUGGUCGUAAUGCCUCCAAUAUUCGUUGAUGAAGUCAAUGUGUUUACAUUUCCUCAUAGUCGAAUGAAGAAAUUGAUGAAUUGCUGUACAUCAAAAGCCGGUCAUACUGAUUUUACAUGUAACGAUGAUUUAGAAGAAUUAUUACAACGUUUACAGACAACAUUCACAGAGUUUAUGGCACAUGAAGAAAUUGAAAAUCAGUUUAUUAUGGGGAAGUUGAGUAAAAAACUAAAGGCUCAAUCAGAGGAUAUCAAUGUUGUAUGUAAUUGCCAUAAAGAUGAUCGUUUUACACCGCUAAUGGCUCUAUUUCGUGAUGGUUACUCGUUUAUUAGACGUGGAAACGCAGAUCGUGUAACAUACGGCAUGAAAUUACGUAAAGCUAUUCGAAAAUUUUAUCAAGAUUUUUUACCACACAUGGACGAAGAAGAAAAAGAUGUUCAACCGUUACUACUUAAAUAUUUUUCAGUUAAUGAGUUGAAAAUAAUGAGAACCGAAGUAAUUAAAAUGACAUUACAAAAGAAAAAUUAUUCAAAAAAUGUGUUUGUGGAGAUUGAAAGACCACUAAAAAUCACUAUGAUAUCGUGUUGUCAUCAUCAUAUUUUAGAAAUGAUACCCGAUGAUAUAUUUGAACGUAUACUAUCAAAAUUAUGUAACGAAGAUUUAAAAUCAUGCGUAAGAGUGAAUAAAAAAUGGAAACGGCAUGCACAAAAAGUUCGUGAUUUACGUUCUCCAAUUUCAAAAUUACCUGCAGAACUCCUACUUCGUAUCUUUUCUUAUUUAACGCCACGUGAUUUAAUUGUGGCAUGUUCUCGAGUAUCUAAACAUUGGAGAAAAUUAACAUAUGAUAAGCAAAAUUGGAAAAUAAUCACUCCAAUCAAUUGGGCCAGAGGUCAAUGGGAUACAAAAGUCCCAUAUGAAAUUGAUGACGAACAACAACAAUUUUUAGACAAUGACUUAUAUAAAAUCAAUGAAAAUCGAAUAUUAUUGGGUUUGAUCAAAUAUUUUUUACCAGAAUAUGGAAAAUACGUUGAACAAUUAAUUUUAUAUGCAAGUCAAACAUUAACGGAUAAUACGUCUAGAAAAAUAUUUGAUUCUUGUCCAAAUCUGACUCAUGUCAAUGUUGGUAUGACAAAAUUAACAUCAAAAGCAUUUAAAUAUUUUCGUUCGUCAGUCAAAUUGAAAUCACUUAUUCUAGAAGGAUGUGAGUUAAUUGAUAACAAUUUAUUUUCCUAUUUAACUCUCCAUCAAACACCAUUGGAUCAUUCUCAAUAUGGACUUUCAUCAGACAAUAUUCUAUGUGUAUUAGAAAGUUUUUGUUGUAUUCAAUUACCAUCAGACAAAAAUUUACUCAAAUCAGCAAUAGCCUCAGAAUAUUGUCGACAUCCUGUUUGUGAAAAAUGUCAUCAUUAUUUAUUUAUUCAAGAAGAAAUAAAAUUAACACAAACAAAACAAUGUUGUCGUUCAAUAACAUCAGCUUGUUCAACUUGUCCAUUGAUGAAUGAAACAAAAAUAAAUAGACCACUUAGUUCAUUGACACAUUUAGGUUUAUCGGGAUGUCAUCGAAUCACUGAUGAUGGAUUAAGUUUAUUGAUUGAAAAUUUUUGUACAUCAUUAACUUAUUUGGACUUAUCCGGCUGUGUCAAUAUAUCAUCGUAUUGUGUAUUUCAAUUAAUUUCACAAAAUUUUCAGUUGACACCAGAUAAUCUGUUCUACUGUGAUAAUCUUAAUUCAUGUCAACAACCAUUUCUUGGACAAGCCAAUGGAUCAUUAGAUAUUCUUGUGGAUGUAGCCGAAAGACAAAUGAAAUGUUAUGCUAAAGAAACACAUAAUCUCAUUGAGACUGAGAAUCGUAUUGAAUAUCCAAAUGCGGUGAUGGAAGAUUUAUUGCCUGUUUUUGUAAAUUUUAAUGAAAGUAUGGAUGAAAUUCAAGAAUAUAUGGAACAGUUUAAUUCAUUACCCUAUGCACAUGACAUAUUAAAAUUUCCUGUUAAAUCUAAGUUAUUUUUAAAAAUACCCAUGAAAAAUUGUUCUGAAAUUCUGGAAAGAACUGAAAAUGAACAAACAGAAUAUAUUUACGAUUGGCUACCAUUAUUUCCCGAUCAAGAAAUUCAAGAACAAGAACAACCAGCACUAAAAGAGACGAUAGAAGAUGGUACCACCGCUAGUGUUGAAGUAAUUACGAGAAAAUCAACAAAAUUUGAUUCACAUUUAUCGUCCUUAAAAUCAUCUCAUUAUCGUCCAACAAACGUAACUUUAGCUCCGGAUGGCACUAUAGUCAGUGUAAAAUCUGAUAAGCAAGGUGUUCGAGCAACAAGUGGUUUACCGAAACUGUUAUAUCGCCCACAACGUCUAACUGAAUUAGAUAAGAUACGCCAAAAAGAAGAAGAAAAACGAGAAAAAGAGCGUCAAUCUCAACAAGAUGAAAAUGAUCGCCGUCUAUUGUUAACAAUCACAUCGUCUACAAAUUCAUCUGAUCACCACGAACCAAUUACUACUAUCAAAUUAUCAGGAAGUGCUCAAAAAUUAAAGAAAGAUGUGAAGAAAAACGGUCAAAUGUCAUCGAGUACAUUUGGUGAAAGUGAUCGAUCACUGCAUAUAAAAGAUGUAAAUCGAAAAUCAUCGACACUUCAACAAACUAAAUCUUAUAAUACGCAACCGACUACGGUUGAUGAAACAAUUGACUCAGUUAUUAGAUCGAUGAAUCAACAAAAACUAUCACAAUUGCCUACUGGUGCUGUGUAUGAUUUUGAUACGCAUGAUGUAUCGGCAACUGAUUUAUCGGAAAAAACAGUUCCUCAAGGGAGAGUACCAUCGUUACUAAUUAGUUUAAAGCCAAAAUCAACUACUGAACAGUCUCGUGAACCGUCAAAAUUAUCUAUUCGUACAACGUUAACAUCGCCCUGUUUCGGUAAACAACAGCAAAGUCCCAUUAUCUCGCCAUUAAUUAUAUCAAAUUCAAAUGAAAUUAAAGAAAAACAACCAUCUCCUCCCGUUACUCAAAAACAAAUAGAGCCUCAAACAACAAUGACCACAUCCGAACAAUUCAUAUCACCCUCAUCGAUUACACAUGAUUUGCCUGUAAAAUCAAACAUUACUGAUAUACCACAACAAAAAGCAAUUGAAAUCUCAACAAUUCAACAAACAAUAACAGCAACAGCAGAGUCUAUUUUGUCACGAGAUACUUCGGUGCCUUCUAUAAAUUUAUCACCAACAAAAGAGAAAAAGAAAAAACGUCACAAAGAUAAAAAGGAUCGAUCGAAAAAAGAACAUAAGCAACAAAAUGAUAUUCAACAACAACAGCAAAAUGUUUCUCCAUCUGCCACGUCGCAAAUACCUACACUUGUUCCACCGAUCCCUCCAACAUCUGGUGGCACGCUACGUGUAAAAAUUAAAAUUGGUAAAAAUAAAAAUAUAAGCAUUGUUAAAUCAACAUUACCCGAGCUUAUUGAAGAUCAAUCGUUUGAAAAUGAAGAACCUACAGACAUGAGUCAAUUGGAUACAUCUCAAUCAAAUGCCUCAAUAUUAUUGAAUGAAUCUGCCAAUGAGCCAACUUCUCUUCCACCAUCAUUGACUGUUGAUGUUGCAACCAAUGAACAACCAAUUGUUGUCAAUGAUACGCUAGAACAUAUUAAACGUGAACCAUUGAUAUGUAAAAUAAUUUCACCUCGGCUGAAAACACCAAAAUUUAUCAAUAAAACAUUUUCACCAGAAAUAAUUGCUCAACCAUCUAAACACGAACAACAAAUUAUUACAGUUGAAGAUAAUAUUGAGAAACGAACAUCACCAAUGCCCGUUUUAGAACCACCAAUAAUUGCAGUAACCGCUGUUUCAGGAUCAAAUCGUCGUAAAACUAAAACGCCAAAUAGAACAAGUCGAAAAAAAGGGCCACCAAAAUCAGUAGCUAUGAUUAAUGACGAUAUUGAAUUAACAAACGAUCUCGCACAAACUGCCAUAUCCAAUAGUAUGAACGAACAAUUACAUAGAGAACAGGCAAUUGUUCGUAAAUCUCCACUACAUUCCACUUCCACUUUCAGAAAUGCAAUCCCUGAUUCAACAAAUGAUCAACGUUCUCGUCCUCCAUCGACAGACGAUGAUGAUUUACCGCUUAUAAAACGUCAUCCACAUGUUCCUCGUUCAUCACAAUCUCAGUCGACUAAAUUAUCAUUGACAAACGAAAUGUUGCCACCUGCUUCACCAACAAUACCUCUUCAUCUUUUGUCAGAAGCAGAACGAAUCAAACGAAAACAAUUACCAACAAAACAACCACCAGAAUUUAUUUGGAAACCAACCAUUCCGCCAGAUAUAAUGCCACCAUCGCAAUCACAUACAACAACAAUCCGAGGAAGAGGAAGUAGAGGAUCAGUGAUAGGAACAAGAGGUGCAAGUAUAGGUCAACGUGGUCGUCGUCGAUCUUCUAUUCAACAUCAAGGCCCCGCACAAGCCCCUAUCACAAUGAAUUUUUCUGUAAAUCAAAUAUUUCCAACGAAUAGUAGUAAAAAAAUGUCGACGCCAAUAAAGAUGACUGAAAUGAAAAUAGUCAUGCCACCAGUAUCACCUGAUAAAGGAAUGAAAGCUGUUAAAGUGGAUGAUCAAGUGAUCGAUUGGCAUGAAACCGACUCAAAAGUUUGGAUAUGCCCCGGAUGUAAUCGACCAGAUAAUGGACAAGAAGCAAUGAUCGCAUGUGAUCUAUGCGACGACUGGUAUCAUUGGGACUGUGUUGGAAUAACCGAAGAACCAGCCGAAAAUACAAAUUGGUAUUGUCCAAAAUGUCAUAGUGCUAGUGGAGUUAUUAAACGAGCGAAUAAUAAACGUUCAAAAAUAAGAUGA